UCAGUGAUUUAAAAUAGAAGAAGUAUUGUUUUAUCCAUAAUUAUUGAAAUAAUAGCAAGAUGGACUCUUACCCUUCACCUGUGAAUAAUAAUUCCAGUAGAAAAAGAAAUGCUGAACCCGGAAAAUGGAAGCGAAAUUUGGCCAAAAGACAGAGGUAUUCUGCCAAAACUCUGCCAAAAAGAUUGAUGUGUACCCACAAGAAAACAUUCAAAUGUAUGUCUCUAAAAAUGAGUGACGUUAAAGAUUUCUUUGAAAGUUUUUAUGCACAGCCAGAUAAACAGAAGCAAGAUGCUAUGCUACUAAAACAUUGCACGCCUAUUACCGUCAAGCGUCGCCGUUGUACUAACUCAAGCAAAGCGAAACAAAGAUUUCAAACCAAGUUUUACAUUUAUAGUAAAUCGGAAAAUAAGAAGGUACAAGUUUGUCAACGCUAUUUUUUGACAAUUUUGCAAAUAACGAAGUACAGAGUCCAAAGAAUUAUGAAAGAAUAUUACGACACUGGAAAUCUUUUAACUGAAAACAGAGGAGGCGAUCGCGUUUCUAUGAAAUAUACAGCAAAACGAGAAGCAAUCAUGAGCUUCAUUAAUAAGAUCCCAUGCGAAGAACCCCACUACUGUCGAGGAAACACAAAAAGGUACUAUCUUUCUUCGGAGUUAUCAAUCAACAAAUUAUGGAAGAUGUAUAAUUCUGAAGCUGUCGAUGACUUAAAAGUCAAAAAAUCAUAUUUUCGACGUAUUUUUAACACAAAAUAUAAUCUUUCAUUUGGAACUCCAAGAACGGAUGUAUGUGCUACUUGCUUAAGAUUUUCUGAAGAAAUGAAACGAGAAAAAGACGACAAAGUACGCGUCGACUUAAUGACGGCGCAAAGAGUACACAAAUUAAAAGCGAAGGCGUUUUUCGAAAAAGUGAAAGAAGAAAACACAGACUUUAUAACGUUUUCUUUUGACUGCGAAAAAAAUUUAAAUUUGCUCAAAGUUCCAGACCAGGUAGCAUAUUACCUGAGAAAUGUUUACCUAUACAAUUUCACUAUCACAGUUGGCUCAUCAAAAAGUAAAUUGCUUCCUGAGAAUGUGUUCGCAUACUGCUGGACUGAGGAAAAAUAUCCCAAGGCUGCAAAUGAAAUAGCUUCAGAAUUAUAUCAUAGGCUGCAAAAUACGGACUUUAGUACAGUGACAAAAGUCAGACUCAUUUCAGAUGGCUGUGCCGGUCAAAACAAAAACACCAUCAUGCUAGCUAUGUUGUCGAAGUGGUUAACUGAAGCACCACAAAAUGUCAAAGAAGUGGAAUUCGUAUUUCCCGUUGUAGGACAUUCUUACAUACCGCCAGACAGAGUUUUCGCUCAAAUUGAGAAAGAAGUCAGAAAACAUGAAGUCAUAAACGGCCCUCAAAAGUACUUGGAGGUUAUAUCAGGGUUCAGCACUGUUAAUAAAUUAGGAGCAGAAUGUGAAGUUCUCGAUUGGAAGACAGCUUCACAAGAAGUCUUUAAACCAGUAGGCAGUGACGAUGAAAUGUCCGACGAAGACGGCGAGGAAGACAUGGCUCAGCAGCCACUGCUCGUGCCCAGGGCUACGAGGAUUUUUAUGUCGGAGAAAAAUUAG